UGCUCUGACUAAGGGCAAACCGUUAAAGGAGAAGAGGAGACACGUGUCAACAGAGAGGGAAGACUUGAUCUAUACAAGGUGGACUGAAAACUACAUUUUAAGGGCAGAACAUUGAUUCCUCUUCAUUUGCGCCUGAGAAGAGACUUUAAAUCUGGAGCGUACCAACUGACCUGAGUGCAGCCGGACAGGUUGAGGUGGAUGAGAUUGCGGCAGCCUUUUCCCGUGCUCAGGCGUAGCAGCAGCUGUGUCCCAUCAACAAUAGCACUGUUCACCUCUGAACCAGUGCUGCUGUUUUUCUAAGACUCUCAUCAAAAACUGCUGCUUUGACUCCAGCUCUUCUCACUCAAAAGGACAAUCCCUGCAGGGCUCAGGAUGCGUUUGACCUCCUCUCUCCUCUUCGCCUCCCUGCUCCUUUUGCUGCUCCCAUUCAGUGAGGCGAAGAGACCCGGGAAAGGCCGAGGCCUUCGAGGAGCGAGACACAAACUCACACAAGAAAGAGUGAGAGGUGAGAGGCAUCACGGAAAAUCUCGCACCUCCAGAUUGGUGGCUCCAGAUUGCUCUGAGCUUACAGACUCUGGUGAAGUCUUUAUAGACUGCCAGAACCGCCGCCUCAACUACAUCCCCCCCUCACAGACCUGGACCCAACAACCAAAACACCUGCUCUUUGCCCGCAACAGGAUCAAAGUCCUCCGUGAUGGGGCCUUCACUGGAUAUGAGGGUUUAAUAAGUCUAGAUCUGCAGCAGAACCACAUCACUUUAGUGGAGGAGGGGGCUUUCCAGGGCUUGACACAGCUUACAACCCUGCUGCUACAAAACAAUCGCCUGGGAAUGCUCAGUGAGGAAGCCCUCAUCCCAAUGCCCAACCUGGGCUACCUGCGUCUGCAUGGUAAUCCCUGGAGCUGUCUGUGUCCGAUGGACAGCCUCAUCCGCACCCUGCAGGUCCCGAGCAACCGCAAUCUGGGACCACAUGCCAGGUGUGCAGAGCCCCUUAGACUUAAAGGUGUAAAGUUGAAGCAGGUCAACCCUGAGUUGCUCUGUAAGGAGACAGACCCAGCUGGGGAACCACAGGGCGAUGAAACAGAGCCUUUAUUUCCCAUAGAGCCCAGUCACAUUCGCACCAAACCAGAUGCCACUACAACUUGCCACACCUACAUGUUCCCUGAAGUGCGGAUGGACUGCAGUCACCGAGGUCUGACUGAGGUGCCAACAGGUAUUCCAGACGAAGUUGUUCACAUCGAUCUCUCCCAUAAUUCCAUCAGUCAUCUCAAAGCAAAAAAUUUCCAUGGAGCAAGAAGCCUCCGAACACUAAACAUCAGCCAUAACAAUAUGGAGGACAUUGAAAAAGCUUCUCUGUUUGGCCUCCUGCACCUUCGAGAGCUGGACCUGUCUGAUAACAGCCUGCAUUUUAUCCAGCACGGGGUUCUUGAGGACCUUUACUUCCUGUCAAAGCUUAAACUGGGAGGGAACCCCUGGGUGUGUGACUACAGCAUCCAUUACAUGGUGUACUGGCUGCGUCUGCACCCAGGAGUGCGGUACUCCGGCCUGCUGUGUCGCUCCCCGCCUGAGCACACUGGGGAACCUGUGCAGCAGUAUGUAAACUCCUACCACAAAGAUUGUCCAAGGGAGAGGCAGUACAGUAGACCAGAUCCUGAAGAAACAGACCCUGAGCUGUGGAACACACCACUGGAGGUGCAGGGAGAGCUGGAGGAGGAGCUGGAGCCGAGCCACCUUAGGGCUCCACAGAAAUACCAGAUCUACAGGCUCUCGUGACUCCAGAGACAUUUGACAUAAAGUCUGACUUUCAAAACUCUGUUAUUCAGCUUUGUAUUCUUUAAAUGACAUAAAACAGUCUGUAUCAGA